AUCUUUGAUCGUACAGUAGUAUCAAUAUGGCGCUGGUUUUCGACGAGGUGAAGUUGAGAUCACUUACCGAUCAAGGUGAAAUUUCCCGACGAUCUGAAAAGCAACUGAGACUAGAAGUUACAACAGAGGAUAAAAAAGCUUGUGUAACAAUAUACGAUGAAUUUCAGCCACUGCUUAGAUUUAUACUCAAUAAUGAGACAGAAUGUUGCCAGGCUACGAAGUUGACAUACGUUGUGAAUACCCACAAUAGUGGAGUGCUUAUAUGCUUCCCAACAGAAUUUGAAACAUCAAGGUUUCACAACAUAGUACAAGGUGCAAAGUUCAACAGUUCACAGGUAGCGUCAAGUUUAUUUGAUGAACGGACAGAUGAGGCUUCUGCUGUGCAGUAUUUUCAGUUUUAUGGAUAUUUAUCACAGCAACAGAACAUGAUGCAAGAUUAUAUCAGAACCUCCACUUAUCAGAAGGCAAUGUUACAAAAUCAUGAUGAUUUCAGGGAUAAGGUUGUGUUAGAUGUAGGUGCUGGAUCAGGUAUUUUAUCUUUCUUUGCCAUUCAAUCUGGUGCAGCUAAAGUAUAUGCUAUAGAGGCAAGUAGCAUAGCAGAAUACACAAAGGUUUUAGUAGACAACAAUAAACUGCAGGACAAGAUAAUUGUGAUUCCUGGAAAAGUUGAGGAAGUUGAACUUCCAGAGCAAGUGGACAUUAUCAUCUCUGAACCAAUGGGAUACAUGUUGUUUAAUGAGAGGAUGUUGGAGAGCUACCUACAUGCCAAAAAGUGGCUUAAACCUGGAGGUAAAAUGUUCCCAACAAAAGGAGACUUGCACAUUGCCCCAUUCACUGAUGAUAGCUUAUAUAUGGAGCAGUUUAACAAAGCUAAUUUCUGGUAUCAACAGUCAUUCCAUGGAGUGGAUCUUACAAGUAUCCGUGAAUCAGCUCUUCAGGAAUACUUGCGUCAACCAAUUGUGGACACAUUUGAUAUAAGAAUAUGCUUAGCAAAAUCAAUCAAGCAUGAAGUGGACUUUCUAAAGACACAUGAAACUGAUCUUCAUCGCAUAGAAAUCCCCUUAGAGUUCACAGCUCAUCAGACAGGCUCAAUACAUGGCUUGGCAUUUUGGUUUGAUAUUGCCUUCAUUGGCACAACGAAUACUACUUGGUUAUCAACUUCACCGACAGAACCAUUAACCCACUGGUAUCAAGUUCGUUGCCUACUGAAGGCUCCAAUAUUUAUCAAAGCUGGUAAGAAACUGAGAGGGAAAGUCACUAUGGUAGCCAAUAAAAGACAAAGUUAUGAUAUUGACAUGGAGUUACAGGCUGAAGACUCUAAUAUCAAAUCAACAAAUCGCUUAGAUCUGAAGAACCCAUUCUUUCAUUACACUGGUCAACAACCUGCUGCUCCCCCCUCCUCGCAGACAGUGUCACCGAGUGACUCAUACUGGAAUCAGUUGCAAGUGUCACCAUCAGUGGUCAAUGGUUAUGGAAAUGUUUUGAAUGUUAUGCAAUCUAACCUUAUACCUAUAGUAAACUCAGAUCCUAUCAGUCACACUGGCGUUCUACCAGGUGGAGCAACUCAUCUUCAACAAACAGUUCAGAUUCCUUCCUCCGUUGGCAUCCAAAUGGGCUCCGUCAUUUUUCAACAGAGUUCCGCACCACAAACAUCUCCAUACAAUUUAUCAAAUACGCGUGCACAAGUCGCUACUACCGAUGUCGGUCAGUAUCUACAGGAAACCUCGGCCGUGUUACCAAACAACAGAGAUUCUGAUUGGUUCAAAGAUCAGCAGAAUGUGCCAUGGUAACUAACAGUUUACUAAUGACAAUUCAGGUUGUUGAUUGGUGUUGGCUUUUGAUAGUUGUUAAAUAUAUAACCCAGGCUAAAAAUGCAGGAAAUUAUUUGUCCAUGAAGUUUUCAAAAUUAUUGACUUGAGUAAACAAUCUGUUUCAUUAUGAUCAGCUAAUGAGAACAUUGAAUAAUAAUAAUAGCCAGCCAAUUAUACUUUACUAAGGCUAUGUUCAGACCUGACAGAUACGCCAGUCGUACGUUAUCCGUGGCGUAACUAGCGAGAUGUCCAGACCGGGCGAUUAACGAAUGCAAGCGUAAGUAUUCAAGCAAAAUAUUCAUAUUCGUAAUGGUGUGUUUUAUUUCCUGUUCACAUUUUGGCUUGUUGUAAUUGGUCAAAUCCUGGGCGAUUUUAAAAUCAUUGAUGCAUGACUGUUGUAACUCGGUGGUGUAUGCUAAUCUGGGGUCUGUUGCUGGACUACCAUUCACCAGUGAUUGCUUGAUAAUACUGUCGUUUGGUACGCCACGCACAAGUUCACACCACUCGAUUAAUGUUGCGCUAGCGUAAGUCAUUGUGUCUGAACAUAGCCUAUGAAUUUAUCCUUGAAAUUAUGGAAUGUGUUAAAUAACAGUUAAAAGUAUUGGCAUUUGUUAUAUAUUUUCUCUUUGUUCUUUUUAUCCUCCAAAUAAUAUAAACUCUAUUGGUGAAUGAUAUCAAUUUGUUUUUAGUUGAAUUUAAAUUAAAUAUUACUGCUUCAUAUGAUAUUUUUCCUUAUAAGAAUAAAUACCAAUCAUCAACGAUAUACAGUGGGGGGUAGAUGUGCUAUUCGAAUACAAUGACAUGAAGGUAAAUAAAUUGUCAAAUGUAGGAGUACUGUAGUCUACGACAAUGUUCCGCAAACUGUGGGACGCGACCCACCAGUUGGUCACCAAACUGUUUUAGUGGGUUACGAACUAGACAUUACCGUAUUAAUUAUUAAAAGUAUUAAAAUCAGCAAGCUCUAAUCUGUCACGAUCAAGGUAUCGGCAUUAAUAUACAUGGAGAAAUGUGUUAUUUUGUAUUGAUAUUCCGUGUUAAACUUAACUGUAUAAUGUAAGAUUCUAUUAAUAAAUUAUUUACAACUUAAUGAUACAUAUUGACGUAAACAAAAAAUAACGAAGGGCAGGUAAAAAAAAACUGAAAUGAAACACAUGUUGCAUAAUAUACGCACAAUAUAGGCCUAGCUUUUUCUGACUUAGGCAUCUGUGUGUAAGGGGUCAGUGGGUCGCAACUCAUGUUUGAAUUUAUAAGUUUGCGGAAUGAUGUUCUAUAAAAUGCUGUUAAUUCACAUGUAUUUCAGCAUUAUUGUUAUUGUAAUUUUAUUUUCGAGGGGCACAUUUUUACUGUAAAGCAAUGCUUAAAAACUAAUAAUACAUUUCUCAUUUAGCAUGCAUUAAAAAAUUGUAUAUUCUGAUGUAUUUUGAAUACUAGUGUAAAUUUUGAGAUUCUGGUAAUGUGAUGUGAUACUAAUAGGUUAUUGGGGUUGAUAUAAUGACAGUGAUCAUUGCCCAUCCUGGAAAAACAAAUCCACACAUUGAAAUUUUAAAAUACCCCCAAUAUACUGUAUAUUCUAUUGCCCAACAAAUAAAAAAAAUUCUUAUCUAGCCAGUAGGUCUUCAUUCCAGCCUUACCAUUUUAGGCCUACAUUCCUGUUUUUCUAAUCAAUGUCCUACAUCUGCAUUAUGGUAGACCACAUAUGUUGUACUUAAUUAUUAGGAUCACACUGCUAGAUUACCACUGCGAAUGUAUUUACUUUCCUACAAUCCUAUAUUAUUUUGCAUACAGAGGAUUCCAUCUAUGAAUUACAGCUAUUAUCAAUUGUUAAUCUUGAUUGACAUGUCUGAAUAUCAUGUGACAAUAACAUUACCACAUUGUCUUUGAUAUUCAAAGUUACGGUAUUUAUAUUUUUAUUCAAUUGUACAUCUGCCAAUAAAUUUAAACAUUUAAAUACAAUAGUUCUGCUAUUGGAUUUAUUUCUACUGAUUUUUUAUUGAUUACUUACUGACAAUGGAGCAGUUCAUGUUUCUUGAUUUUUUAAAUAAAAAAAAUGAAUUCAAACUAAUUUUCAUGAUUUUUUGCAAAGAAUAUUUAAAAAUUAUUUGUGCAUAAACUCUGAAUACAAUAAUCAAUCAAUACUGUACUAUUGCAUAGCACUUACAUUUGUCAUUUUUAUUAUGUACUGUAUUAGUUUAUAUUUAGAAUGAAGGUUUGUUUUAGCAUGUUUAAAUUGUAGAUAUUUAAGGACAUGUGAAUUAUUAGUAUUUGUUUGAAUUUUCAAUACCAUUCUGGUUCUGGUAGCCAUUGCCUGUCAGUCAAAUUAUAAGGCACAUACAUGCAAUUGUGUAUGCGGUGAUAAAAACAAUACAACGCUGAUGCUGCAGCAGCUAGGUCAUAACUUUAAGGCUGCUAUGAUUGGUCAAAAAACAUUAUGUAGAAAAAAAAGUCCCUUAUAAAAAAAGGUUUUUGCCCCUGGAUAAUGUAUUAGAACUGCAGUGAUUUUUGUUACACAGGCAAAACUCAAACCUGGUCUUUAUUGGACUUGCAAAUGUGUUAAUGGAUUAUUAUUAACACUUGCUUGCAAACAUCCGUUAUUUAAUUUUAGUAGAAUAUACUAACAUGUUUUUCCUAGAGAGGUAGGUGUUUGGUCUGCUCUUUAAUGAAAGACUAAUUUGCUGUAAACUAAAUUUUUAGGGUGUUUUAUUUAUGUACCUGAUUUUAAAAAUUGGUCCAAACUGCUGUGUUAUUCAGAUCAUGUUGAGAGAUCAUCUGUAAGGCAUUAUUGUGUGUAAUUUGACAUUAUUUAUAAUAAAUUUAAUUGGUGAAAAUGUG